AUGAGACCCGGAAUCUACACAGAAUGGUCAAGUUGUGGUGUUUCGACCGUUGUUAAACAGCAUCGCUAUAUUAUAUUGAAAUGGUGGUGGUGGUGGUGGUCAAGUCAAAGAGAUAUUGGGAAUGGUGCGACCAAUCGAUUUACUAAGAUUCCCAUUAUUGGAGUUCUUGUUAAUCGAUUACAGCGGUUUUCUAUUGAUUUUCAGGAUCUUCUUGAAGAUCUAGAUACAACCGUUCACGAUAUUUUUAUUAUAGACAGUGAAAAUGGACUUAUCCUAUGUGAAGCAAAGAGUACUUUUGUUUUCUGGAACAUCGCCUAUCGCAGUAAUGAAAACAGUGGUCUCAUUAUGUUUGAUACACCUAGUGGUACACUAACAAUAGUCGAAAGCACAUUUAACAAUAAUCGAAUUGUCAAUAUUCAUAUGUCCGAUUCAUAUGCUGUUAUUUGUCGUGAUAGUUUAAUUACAAAUGCAUGUCGCAAGUCAGAUGGUACGUAUGGCGAUGAGUUUGAAGCAAUGAAGCAGAACGUACCGAUUGAGCGAGGUACGGGCAUGGGCAGGGCAGAGUGUGGAUGUAGAGAAAAUUGA